GGGGUUCCGCCGGAGGAGGCUGGGAUCAGAGCCCCAGGAGGAGGAGGAAGAGAAGCACAAGCGUCAAGCCCGGGCGCCUGGGGCUGUGGACCCCGGCCAGGAUGACUGGGGGGAUCUUUGCCAAUUGUACCUUCUAUCUGAAAGUCAAGUACUUAGCUCGUCAGCAGAAGAAAAAGCUACAAACGGACAUUAAGGAGAAUGGUGGAAAGUUUUCCUUCUCAAUAAAUCCUCAGUGCACACACGUAAUCCUAGACAAUGCUGACGUUCUGAGUCAGUAUCAGCUGGAAUUUUUCCAUGAGAAACAUAUCCAUGUUGUAAGCCCAGACUUUGUAGGGGAGUGUCUUAAAGAAAGGAGACUCUUGGAUGUAAAGAAUUACGAUCCUAAUAAGUCCCUGGAUAUCACAAUACCGCCUGAUCCCAAGGAAAGCAGUUCUGAAGUGGAAGCAGAUGUUCCAGGCCUGCACAGUCCCUCAGAGAAGGAAACCACCGUGGAGUGCACUGAGGUUUGUACAGAGAAUGUUGAAAUUCCUCAUUUUCCUCAAGAAUUUGAAGUUGCAAAAUAUAACACCUUGGAAAAGUUGCUUUUGGAGGAGGUAAUAAAUUCAAAUACUCUGAGCCAAGAGGUGAGUGAUUUGGUGGAAAUGAUCUGGGCAGAAGCGCUCGGCCAUCUGGAGAACAUUCUUCUGAAGCCAGUGAACAAAAUGAGUCUUAAUGACGUGAGCAAGGCAGAAGGCAUUCUCCUUCUAGUAAAGACAGCGCUGCAAAGUGGAGAGACUGAACAAUUGAAUGAGCUGAUGGCUGAAUUCUACAGAUUAAUACCUCACAAAGGGACAACCACAGCGGAAGUGACCCUGAAACUGUUGUCUCAAAAAGAAGACCUCUGUCAGCUUAUAAGAGACAUGGUGAGUGUCUGUGAAGUGAAUUUGUCAAAGCCCAACCCACCCUCUCUGGCCAAAUACCGAGCUCUGAGAUGCAAAAUUGAGCACGUGGAGCCGAACUCGGAAGAAUUUUUCACCAUUAGAAAAGAAAUAUUGCAGAAUAAUCACAGUGGGAGUCCAGUAGACAUCCUGCAGAUAUACAGGGUUGGCCGAGUGAAUGAAACCACGGAGUUUUUGAGCAAACUUGGCAAUGUGAAGUCCUUAUUGCAUGGAUCUCCUGUACAAAAUAUUGUAGGAAUUCUGUCCCGAGGGCUGCUUUUACCCAAAGUGGUUGAAGACCGUGGUGUGGAAAGAACAGACGUUGGCAAUCUUGGGAGUGGGCUCUACUUCAGCGAUGCGCUCAGCACCAGUAUCAAGUACUCACAGCCGGGAAAGACAGAGGGCACUCGACUCUUGGUUGUUUGUGAUGUGGCCCUGGGGAAGUGUAUGGACUUGUACAAGAAGGAUUUUUCACUAACAGAAGCCCCACCAGGUUAUGACAGUGUCCACGGAGUGUCACAGACAGAAGCCAUCGACACAGACUUUGAGGAUGAUGAAUUUGUGGUAUAUAAAACCAAUCAGAUUAAGAUGAAAUAUAUUGUUAAAUUUUGCAUUCCUGGAGAUCAGAUAAAAGACUUUCAUCUGACUGGGAAUAAUACUGAGUUAGAAGAAUGCGCACCUGAGCUUUCAAGCUGUUCAAAGGCCGAAGAUUACCAGUUACCAGAUACCAAACCUUUCAGCAACAUCAAAGCCGGUCUUCAGGAUACAGUUGGGAAUUUAGUGCCUCUUGAGGAUGUUCACAUCAAGGGGAAACUCAUAGACGUUGUAGCCCAGGUCACCGUUUUUCAGACCUACACGAAUCGCAGUCAUGUGCCCAUUGAGGCCAAGUACAUCUUUCCUCUGGAUGAUAAGGCAGCUGUGUGUGGCUUCGAAGCCUUCAUCAAUGGGAAACACAUCAUAGGAGAGGUUAAGGAGAAGGAAAAAGCCCACCGUGAAUACAAAGAAGCCAUCAGUCAAGGCCACGGUGCUUACUUGAUGGAUCAGGACGCACCUGACGUGUUCACUGUAAGUGUCGGGAACUUGCCUCCUAAGGCGAAGGUUCUUAUCAAAAUUACCUACAUCACAGAACUCAGUCUCCAGGGGACCGCAGCGGUCUUCUGCCUGCCUGCCACAGUGGCACCCUGGCAACAGGACCACGCGUUGAAUGAAAACACUCAGGAUUCAGUAGAGAAGAUUUGCAUAAGGGAAAUAGGGACAAAGCAAAGCUUCUCUUUGAGUAUGUCUAUUGAGAUGCCGUAUGUGAUUGACUUCAUUUCUAGUGACACACACAAACUGAAACAAAAGCGCACAGACUGCAAAGCUGUCGUCAGCACUGUGGAAGGGAGUUCCUUGGACAGCAAUGGCUUCUCCCUGCACGUCGGCUUGUGUGAUGCCUAUCUUCCAAGAAUGUGGGUUGAAAAACAUCCAGAGAAAAACAGCGAGGCUUGCAUGCUUGUCUUUCAGCCAGAUUUUAAUACCAGCCUCCCUGAGACAGCUGAGAAGAGUGAACUGGUUCUCUGUCUUGAUUGCUCCAAUUCUAUGGAGGGGGAGGCAUUCUGGCAAGCCAAGCAAAUUGCCUUAUAUGCGUUGUCUCUGGUGGAUAAGAAACAAAAAAUAAAUAUUGUCAAGUUCGGCACAGGUUACAAGGAAUUAUUUCCGUACCCUCAGUAUCUCACAAGCAGUGAUGCACCAACAGACUUCCUUAUGGCUGCCACUCCCACCAUGGGUAAUACAGAUUUCUGGAAAACUCUCCGCUAUUUAAAUUUGCUGUACCCUUCUCAAGGACGGCGGAACAUCCUCCUGAUAUCCGACGGGCACAUCCAGCAAGAGACCCUAACGUUCCAGCUGCUGAAAAGACAUGUCCAGCACACCAGGUUGUUCACCUGUGGCACUGGUUCCACAGCAAAUCAUCAUAUCUUAAGGACUUUGUCCCAGUGUGGUGCCGGAGUGUUUGAGUAUUUUAACUCAAAAUCCAAGCACAGUUGGAAAACCCAGAUAGAAGACCAGAUGAGGAGACUGCGCUCUCCGGGUUGCCACUCGGUCUCCAUCAAAUGGCAGCAGCUAAGCAUGAACUCCCUGGAGCCCUUGCAGGCACCUGCCCAGGUGCAGUCCUUGUUCCGCAACGACUGCCUCCUCGUCUACGGGUUUAUUUCUCAUUGCACCCAGGCAACUCUAUGUGCAUUAUUUCAAGAGAAAGAAUUUUGUACAAUGGUGUCCACUACAGAACUUCAGAAGACAACUGGAACUAUGAUUCACAAGCUGACGGCUCGAGCGCUCAUUCGGGACUUUGAAUACGGCGCGCUCCACGAAAACGAGGCUCAUCACCAGAUGAAGAAACAAGCCUUGAAAUCUCUGAUUAUUAAAAUCAGUAAGGAAAACUCUCUCCUAACACAAUUUACAAGCUUUGUGGCAGUUGAGAAAAGGGAUGAGAAUGAGUCACCUUUUCCUACUAUGCCAAAUAUCCUGGAACUUAUCGCCAAAGAAGAUGUGGACGUCCUGCCAUACAUGGCUUGGCAGGAGGAGCAAUCAGAUGGCAUGGAGACACAGAGUGUUGCAGCAUCACCGCAAUGGGAUGAAGGAUUCCGAUGCAAACGUGUGAAGAAAAAGAGAGUGGCGUCAUUCCCCCUUCUGGAAGAGGAGGAGGAUCGUUCGGCUCAACGACUAGUACCAGCUGCAGAAGCACUGCGUUUUCAGAGUGGACCUCUGUCAAAGCCACCGGCUUUACCCGGAAAAACAGACAGGAAAGCCACACUUAAGAUAUUCUCUUUACCCAUGAAAAAGGCUGCUAAGAGUCAACAGGGCUUUUGGGGGGCUGCUUCAUCGGUGCCCCGAGCUGGCUCUCACUACAGUCUUUCCCACGUGCCUACUAGUCCCAACCAGUCUGGUCUAUCUGAAUACGGUCAAGACGUAGAGACUGAUAACACUGGCCCUCCCUUUAAGUUGCCUUCCAACUUGCGUCUCUCAUGCCCCCCUAGUACAGAUCCUGCUGGUUCUCCUCCUUUGUUUUGCUUCAUGGAACUUCUGAAUCCUUGGGAUUGUCGGCUUGAGUCUUCCCAUCUCAGCCCACUUGAUCUGUCUCAAGCUGAUCACGACCUUGAGAUGGGUAAUGCUGACAUUCCCGGUAAGAUGGUUGUGCCUGUCCCGAGCCCACAGCCAGCACCCAGCCUGCCUCUCCGGAGCCCACGUCUUCCAGCUCCCAAAUGUCUUUUCUUGGCCCAAUCCACUGCACUCGGGGGUCUUUCCCCAGUCCCAUCCCUUCCACUCAGCAUGUCACCCCCACCUCCUGUCCCUGGUGCAGGUGGUAUGCCCCCGCCCCCACCUCCUGUCCCUGGUGCAGUUGGCAUGCCCCCACCCCCACCUUUUGUCCCUGGUGCAGGUGGUAUGCCCCUGCCCCCACCUCCUCUCCCGGGUGCAAGUGGUAUUACCCCGCUCCCACCUCCUCUUCCUGGUGCAGGUGGCAUUCUCCCGCCCCCACUUCUUGCAACUGGCAUACUACCCCUACCUCCUGCACUUGGCCGUACUUCCAGGCCCCCACCUCCACCACCCAGCCGCCUUCUCCAAGCCACAGGUGCAUCUCCUCCUUUUCCAGGUGCCUUGUUUGGCUCUAAACAACUUAAAACUGAGCAACUUGGAAUUUCCAGAAAACUUGAGGCCUAUGGCUCUCCUUCUCUCUUAAAAGAGUACUCUCCUUCCAGUCCGGCUAGUGCAAGCUUUUCUCCUUUUGAUUCACCCGAAGAAGUAUUUGAUAGUGUUUGUUGCGCAUUGUCUGUACCUGAUGUUGCUGAUGGAUUUGGAUCUCCCCAACACUCUCCCCCCGGAGGACGUGCUCCUUUUGUACCCCCUUGCAGUGGCUCCAGUCUUUUCUCGAUUGGUGAACGUUCUGAAACAGAAAGUAACAAAAAGCCAAUACGUCCCGCACGUAGUUUUUUUAAAAGCGUUGCCAUCUCUGGAGGAAGAAGAAGUUGUUCUAUGCCCAUCUUCCAGUCACAAAACGAGGAGAAAGACAAUGUCUACCAACAGAGCCCGGGGGACUUGAAGCCUUGGACCAGACUCUUCAGUCUACAAACUGAGGAUGGCUUCUGGAAGCUUACUCUAGAAUUGGGGUUUAUACUGAAGCUCAAGACAAACUUGUUAAACCGCUUCCUUGAGGAGAAAGGCACCCGGUCCCUAGGUGAGAGAGGACAAGAACGCCUCCUGCGCCUGAUUGCCACACUCCUCGUGCUGCAGUUUCUCCGCACCAAGCUGGAGAGCGAAGGCAUAGUCUUCAAAUCGCUGAUGAAAUUAGAUGAUACUUGCAUGUCCAGGACUCUUCCUUGGGCAAUUGAAGGAAUAAAGAAAGCCACCGAAUGGGUCAGGAACACCGAAGGACAGUAUACGUCUAUCUGCCAACGACUUGAAUUAGGCAAAGACUGGGACUCGGCCACAAAACAGCUACUGGGGAUUCAGCCCCUAGAUACCACUUCGCCUCUUCACAGGGUCCUCAGUUACAACUGACACUGCAUGAAAUGAAACUGAAUUGUAAACUGUUUUCUUGCUGUGUUCAAGCUACUCAAGUAUCAAUAGAUAACAUUUCAUGAAAUUUACCUGUAAUUUUAUUCAAUGUAUUGAUCACUAAAUAGAGACAAAGAAUUGAUUCUUUUCAUAAACUACCCAGCAAGAAUUAAAGGAAAAUGACAGUAUUACCAAA